AUGUAUUCUGACAUUAUCAUAUCUAAUCACUUUCCAUUUUUCUUGCUUAUAUUAAUUAUUUUUUUCGCUUUAAAUCUAACGUGUGCACAUGAUAACGACGGCACAAAUAAAAAUGAAAAUUCGAAUCAUAUUUCUGCACGGUAUCGAUUACCCAAGGAAAUUGUUCCUAUAUCCUAUGAUUUAUCGAUCUAUACACACCCGAUUGACGUGGAUUAUGAUGGUCACGUACGGAUCAUCUUACAAGUGCUCGAAAAAACAAAUUUCAUCGUGCUACACACGGAUGCAUUAAAAAUACAAACAAAUGCAUCUUUGUUUGAUAGAUCGGGCAGGUUGACUCGGAUCUUGCGUUACACCCAUGACGAAGAUACACAAAUGCUUACGAUUAAACUCGAGCGCGCACUAGACCUUGCGAAAUACACGUUAGAAGUAUCCUUCAAAGGACGUAUCGCAAAUGAUGUAUUCGGCUUUUAUGCAAGUCUAUACGAAGUUGAUGGAAGGCUGAGACGAAUUAGUGUAACACAAUUUUCGCCUACAUACGCACGUCGUGCGUUCCCUUGUAUGGACGAGCCUUAUUUAAAAGCGGAAUUUCAUUUGCAUAUUGGCCAUCAUAAGGAUCAAAAGGCGACGAGUAAUACUCCAGUGGAAUUUAUACGAAUAAAAAAUGAUACGUAUUAUGUGACCACAUUCCGCCGUACACCACGAAUGCCCACGUACUUAGUAGGAUGGGCAGUACACAACUUUGUCCCGGAACAAUCACAAAUUUCGGGAGAUUUCAAGAUGUGGACAAGAGACUCCAUGAAGUUUCAUGGAUCGAUGGCCUUGAAUCGCGGUUGGGCAGUCUAUUCGGCGUUACAGACGUGGUUAUUAGUAAAAAGCCCGCUCGUGAAGGUCGAUCAAUUUGCGAUACCGGAUUUUAAUUUCAAUGCGAUGGAGAAUUGGGGCCUUAUCACUUAUAGAGAAUCUGUAGUGUUGCAUGAGGAUGGAACUCCGACAAGAAAAGUAAUAAACGGACUGUUAGUGAUGGCUCACGAGUACGCUCACAGUUGGUUCGGUAAUCUGGUGACACCCGUAUUCUGGGAUGUUGUCUGGUUGAAGGAGGGCUUUGCCACGUAUUUCCAAUAUUUUGGCGUGUCCUUAGCAGAGCCGGAUUUGAGAAUGAUGAAUAUAUUUGUAGUAGAUUGUUUACAACCGAUACUGCUCGCAGAUUCCGACAAUCAUACACGCACAUUAAAUGGUCAAGAGAUCGGGGAUCGUAACAGUAUUAUGACUUUGUUUGAUUUUGUCUCUUAUGAGAAAGGUGCCUCUGUAAUUCGCAUGAUCAGUCAUACCAUCGGAAGCACAACAUUCCAAUUAGGAUUACAAAAUUAUUUGCGUGAGUUGUCAUUUGAAGCAGCCACUCCAUUCGACUUGUAUCGACACUUGCAAGCUGCAUCAAAUAUAACAAGGCAAUUGUACAAAGGCAUAUCUAUAAAAGACGUCGUAGAAUCCUGGGCAAAUCAGCCAGGAUAUCCCUUAGUGAUCAUUACAAGAAACUACAAGACGAAGGCUCUCUUUGCCUCGCAAGAACGAUUUUAUCUAAACCGUCAAGCAGCACAAACAAAUUCCGAAAAAUCGAGUUGGUGGAUACCAUUAACCUACGUUACCGAAGAAUCGAAUUCCACAUUUAAUCGAACUACUACGGCUGUCUGGUUGAAACCACAGGCCAAGAGCAUGCUAAUCAGCUCUGUAAAACCAAACUUGUGGGUGAUUUUUAACGUUCAGCAAGUUGGAUAUUAUAGAGUCACUUAUGACGAAAAUAACUGGAAAAUGCUUAUUCGCUACUUGAAGUUGAAGAAUUUCCAAAAAAUACAUGUGAUAAAUAGGGCUGCACUUCUAGAUGAUGCUUUUAAUUUAGCAAGAGCCGGUUACUUGAAUUAUUCCAUUCCAUUUGAUCUCGCGACGUAUCUUACUCGUGAAACCGAAUACGAACCGUGGGUCGCUGCGGUAAAUAACUUCAAUUUUCUCAAUCAUAUUUUAGCUUGCUCACCGCGAGUACAACGUCUCUUUCAGAACUAUGCAAAUAACUUACUUAAACCAAUGUCUAGUCUAUUAAGCUUUAUGGAAAAUCUCAUGGACAGUUCAAUAAAGAAAAUGCUUCGCGAAUUGAUUUUAUCUACUGCUUGCUCGGUUAAUAAUAUGCACUGCCUAAAGAAAUCAAACAAUUUGUUUAAAGCGUGGAUUCUAUCUGAGAAAAGUAAAAUAUCAGCAAAUCUCAAGAGCUUCGUGUAUUGCGUGGGUAUUCGAGCAGGUGAUGAUAAUGAUUGGCAUACUGUUUGGAACAGGUUUCUACGCACUGACUUACAUGCAGAACAAGAACUCUUGUUGAGUGCACUCGGGUGUACUAAAACUCCUCAUUUAAUCGACAGAUUUCUCAAUAUGUCUAUAAUGUAUGGACACAAACUUCGCAAACAAUAUAGAAUGACAAUAAUCAAUGCCGUUUUGAAUGGCAAUCCCGAAAAUGUUAAUUACGCCAUUGAUUUUAUUCAUCAUAAUUUGCCCAUGAUUCUUAAAUCAAGAGGAAUAGAUUUCUUAACCAAAAUGCUCACUGCUGUAGGCAAUAAAAUUAUUAUGGAAACUCAAUUAAACAAGCUUCGUUCAUUUAUUGAUGAGAACAUUGAAAAUCUAGGAUCAGCGUUGAAUUCAGCAAAAAGAGCCAUAAGUGUUUCUACUUCAUCUUUAGCAUGGAUCGAUAAAUUUUUACCUGCAAUUGAAAAAGUAUUGUUAACUCUAGUUAUUUAA